GAGUUAUGAAAGUAGUUUCCUGAGUCACAGUUGAUGAAUGUCAUUAUCGUUCUCAUUUCGCUGACGUUGCGUAAGAAAACCACAUCAAAGGCUGUGAGGGGACAUUCACAGGAAUCAUGCUGGGAUCAGUGGUUGUUGGAAUUGGAAUUGCAGGAUCUGUGAGGAUGAGAGAUUUAAUGGCUCCUCUCUCGUCCAGCGCCGCAGAACAGAUCAGCAUCAGGGGCUUUGUGUCCAGGAGGAGUCUUGAAGAUCAGCAGGGUGUGAAGCAGAUCAGCAUGACUGAAGCGCUGAGCAGAGACGACAUCCAUGUGGCAUUUAUAUGCACAGAAAACACCAGCCAUGAAGAGAACAUCAGGCAGUUUCUGGAGGCAGGAAAGCAUGUGUGUGUGGAGUAUCCCAUGACCCUCAGCCACACCUCUGCUGUGGAUCUGUGGAAUCUGGCUCAACAGAAGGGUCUGGUGCUUCAUGAGGAACACAUCGAGCUGUUCACUCCUGACUUCAAACAGCUGAAAAAAGACAUUUCUGAAAAAACACUGGAGGAAGGAAAGCUGCACUUCACCGGUGGUCCUCUAAAGGCAAACUUUGGCUUCCCGUCUUUCAGUGGUAUCGCCAGACUGACGUGGCUGGUGGUUCUGUUUGGAGAGCUCACAGUCACUUCAGUAGAUCUGGUGGAGGAGAAAGAGAACAAGUACAUGAAGAUGACGGCACACUUACUGACUCAACAGCACAAGCCUCUGACGUGGAUUGAAGAACGGGGUCCGGGUCUGGGCAGAGCCAAACACGUGGAGUUUCGCUUUCAGGAUGUGACGAUCACAGAGCUUCCAGCAGGUCAGCGUGAGCCGGUCGGACUCUUCAUGCAGGAUCUGCUGCUGUUCUGCCGGAAGCUGCAGGGGGAAGUUUCAGCUGCAGAGCUCCAGGCGGAGAGAAACAGGAUCUUACACUGUCUGGAGCUAGCAGACCGCAUUCAGCAGAUCACCGAAAGCACUCACGCCUGAACAUUAACUCACACUACCAAACAUUCAUUCUAAUGUGGCACACACAGACUGUGUAUAGAGACAGAUAACUGAAGUGCUAAGUCAGAUUAAAAUCAUUAAAUAUA